GUCGUCCCUUCCGGGAAAAAAUGAGGAAACACAGAACCUUUUCACGUAUAUUCCUUCUCUCUCUCCUUCUCUUUCUUAUGGCCAAAGUUGAACCAAUCAGCUUCCCUCUGGCCAUCAUCAUCACAUCUUCUUGAAGCUUUCUUUUCUCUUCUUCUCGUUUCUAUUUUCUUUCGUAAUUUCUCCGUUAGAUUUUCUUAUAAUUAAUCAGUCUCAAGAAUGGCUCAGUCCUGCCUUAAGAUCGUUCGACUCAGCAAUCUCAGAAACAGAGUGAACCGUCGUAUUUUGAUCCUCCGUCGAUUCACGCGGCUGCUCUGGAGCAGAAUAGUCUCUUUCUCUCCCAAGAAAUCAGGGAGAUAUUCGUUGCUGUCACGCGCCGCCACUCCCUCUCCCUCUGUCUCUCGUCCUCAGCCUCCUCCCAUCCCCGUCAUACGCCGCAGAUCGGUGCACGAACACGAUAACAUCCACCGGAGAUCGGAUUCUGAUCUUGUUUCUCUCAAGAUCAGCCUCUUAGGAGAUCCCCAGAUCGGAAAAACUUGCUUCCUGGCGAAAUAUGUUGGGGAAGAGAAGGAAGUUGAAAUGAGAGAGUUGGAGGAAGGGAUCACUUGUACGGACAAGAUGUUAUCCAUGGGAGGUGCUCGCAUUUCCUACAACAUCUGGGACUUAGAAGGAGCUGAGAGAUCACGGGAUCAGAUCCCCAUGGCUUGCAAGGACUCUGUAGCAAUUCUCUUCAUGUUCGAUCUCACCAGUCGUUGCACUCUUAACAGUGUGAUUAGCUGGUAUCAACAAGCUAGAAAGUUCAAUCAGACGGCGAUUCCAGUUAUGGUAGGAACAAAGUUUGAUGAGUUUAUUCAACUUCCUAUUGAUCUUCAAUGGGCAAUCGCUAGCCAGGCGAGAACCUACGCGAAGGCGUUAAACGCGACGCUCUUCUUCUCGAGUGCUUCAUACAACAUAAACGUCAAUAAGAUCUUCAAGUUUGUGACGGCCAAGCUCUUCGACUUACCAUGGACAGUGGAGCGGAAUCUCACCAUCGGAGAACCACUCAUCGACUUUUAGCAUCUUCCCACAACGUAUUUGUAGAUAUACAUAUAUAUAUAUAUAUAUAAAUAUAUAAAAAGAAGCAAAUGGUCGGAGCACCGUUUCUAGCCGUCUUUAAAGCGAAAUGGAGAGAUGAUGCGGCGGAGAUUUCGCCCGCUUUCUUCAGUAUUUUUCUUUUAAAUAACAAGAAAAAAGAAAGAAAACAGAGAAAAAAUGGUAUUGAGAGAAAAGUAGCAGGGAUAAAAAGAGAGGAGAUCUUGAAGUUUUUCUUAUUCAUUUUUUUGUAAUGUUUCCGCUUUCCAUUACCACUGGAGAAUUUUGGUUCCAGUAAUAGUAAAUACCAUUUCGCUU